UGAUUGUUUUGAAAACAAUUAGACAGAUAAAAGCCCUCCUUCAAGCAUUGAUUCAGGAGUCAUUCACACUGGACUGUAAGAUCUUAUGCAAGCAUGAUCAAGCAUAGUACCUAAGAAUCAACAAGGGCCAAAGUUGCUCAAAGUCUUCAAAGAAAUCCAUAUGUAUAUCACAGUGAACAUGAACGAUACAGCAAGACAUGGCAGUGAGUUUUUUAAAGCAGCUCACAUAAAUGACACCGUCAGCAUGAAGUCCUUGCUAACGAGUAAAGACUUUGAUCCUGCGAUUAGAGGGAACUUGGAAGAAACGAUAUUACACACUGCAUUGUUAAAUGGCAAUAAGGAAAUUGCUGAGUUCAUUCUGGAUAUGAUGCCCUCACUGAUCAAUGAACCGAUGACUUCUGACAUGUACAGAGGUGAAACACCCAUGCACAUCGCGGUUCUGAAACAAGAUGUGGAAAUGGUGAAGGAGCUGUUGAAACGAGGCGCCGAUGUGAUGAAUGCACGAGCAACCGGUUCCUGUUUUGUCCCUGGAGAGGAAUGUCAGUGUUACUAUGGUGAAUACCUGCUGUCUUUCGCGGCCUGUAUUGGCAACGAGGAGAUUGUCCGAACUCUUAUUAAACACUGCGCUCCUCUAGAGGCACGGGACACCUUAGGUAACACAGUGCUUCACGUGCUGGUCCUACAACCAGAGAAAGAGCAGGCGUAUUCCAUGUACGAUCUCAUCACGUCUCUCGUGUCCGAGAAGCAUCAUCAGUUUGUCGAGAACAUUGUGAACAAUGAUGGCUACACUCCGCUGAAGCUCGCAGCGGCCGAGGGUGACUUUGCGAUGUUCAACUAUUUGGUACAAAAGCAGAAGAAAAUAUAUUGGACCAUGGGAACCAUCUCUUACUGUGUUUACGACCUCACCAACAUUGAUACGUGGGGUGAUCAAAAAUCAGUUCUGGACAUCAUAACCACAAGCAGGAAUAGUGAGGUUCGCAAACUUGUUGACGCUAAACCAGUUAAGGAGCUGUUGCAUCAAAAGUGGAAUUCAUUUGGCUACAAGUAUUUUCUCAUCUGGAUGUUUUCUUACAUUAUAUACAUCAUUAUAUUCACCGUCUCCAGCUUAUAUCGGCCGCUGAAGCCCAUUCCGCCAGGGUUAUCUGACAACCUUACUAUUAGGACACAGAAGACGUUGGCCGAAUCCUAUCAGACAAAAGAAGACUUCUUGAGACUUGUCGGUGAAUUAACUACCAUCAUUGGAGCAUUGGUAAUACUGAUCAGUGAGAUCCCUUAUCUGUAUAGGAUUGGUCCAAGGAAUUAUUUAGGGAAUACUUCAAUAGGAGGGCCUUUUCCAUUACUCUUGGUCUGUUAUUCCCUUCUGAUUGCCGUGGCAGUAAUCAUGAGGAUUCUCGGCAACGUUGAGGAAGCUGUUCCUAUUUCCCUGGCUCUGAUCAUCGGCUGGUGCAACACCAUCUAUUUUGCCCGUGGAUUUAAGAUGCUUGGGCAAUUUUCCAUUAUGAUCCAAAAGAUCAUUUUUGGUGAUUUUAUGCAAUGGUGCUGUCUGGUGCUCAUCUGCAUCACGGGAUUCACCUCCGCUUUUUAUAUUAUGUUUCAGACUCUGGAUUUGAGGAAUUAUCCAUACUUCAGGGACUUUUCCAUGACCAUGUACACCACAGUUGAGUUGAUGAUGGGCCUGAUAGACCUCCCAGUUCCGUAUGACAAGCCAACUCCCAGUAUCAUAUAUGUUGGCUAUGUCUUGUACAUGAUCUUUGUCUAUCUUCUGCUCUUAAACCUGUUGAUCGCAAUGAUGGACGAUACAUACUGGAGAAUUGCGUAUGAAAGGGAGGAACUGUGGAAAGUGCAAAUCGCGGCUACGAUCCUGCUUCUAGAGCGAAGGGUGCCAGUGUUUCUAAAAAUCCGAUCAGGAGUGCCUGGAAGAUCCUUGGGCUUUGAGGAUAACAAGUGGUACAUUGGGGUUGAGGAAAUUCUGAGUGAAACAGUGGGGACGAAGGUGCAGGUGCCAGCGUUAGAUGCACAGAAGUAUUCGCAUCACCUGGGUUGGGAUGCAAUUCGGAAAAAUCUGGCAAAAAUCAUAAGCAUGAGAGAUUCAUCAGAGUCCACGACAUUUUAGCAGCGUUUGUGUUACAUGGAUCACUACUGAUGAGCCCAAAAUAUCUUUAUCGGUUUUGUUCCCUGCACUAUGGAAUAUGUUUCGAAUGUUUAGAGGUGCAGCAAUGGGAAUAGAGCCUUCGGCACGCCGUGACCACGCCGACCAUCGAUCUCCCGUUCGCACUAGCUCCGUGUUAUCCCGCUAUCUCGUCCACUCCUUAUGCACUUGGCCUAUGAACCUACAAACCUGCACGUCUUUGGGGUGUGGGAGGAAACCGGAGCACCCGGAGGAGACCCACGUGGUCACGGAGAAAAUACAAACUCCGUACAGACAAUACCCGAGGUCAGGAUCAAACCUGGGUCUCCGGCGGUGUAAACGGGGUGGUGCAGCGGUAGAGUUGCUGCUACACAACGCCAGAGAGCCUGGUUUGACCAUGACUGUGGGUGCUGUCUGUGGGGGAUCAAUUUUCAGUUUCUUGUCUGUAACCACUUACUAAAAUCCACAUGUUUGCCUUCCGGUUUGUAGCACUCUUCACGUCCACCCAUUGUUUGCUUUUGAAAUGAACUGUUGUGGAGAUAUGUGUGGGAAGGGGCUACAGAUGCAGACUGCAGAGGUCUGAAGAAGGGUCUCGACCCGAAACGUCACCCAUUCCUUCCAUCCAGAGAUGCUGCCUGUCCGUCCGUUGCAGAGAUCUAUUCUGUAGAGGAAAAGAUAGACACAAAGUGUUGGAGUAACUCACCGGGUACACCAGCAUCUGCAGUUCUUUGUUUCUACGCUAUACAAAUUCUCACGUUCACAGGUUAUAGGAGUAGAAUGAGGCCAUUCGGCCCAUCCAGUCUACUCCGCCAUUCAAUCAUAGCCCAUCUCUGCCUCCUAAUCCCAUUCUCCAGCCUUCCCCCCAUAACCCUCGGCAGAAUCUACCUAUCUCUGCCUUAAAAAUAUCCACAGACAUUUUGAGCUGACAUUUUACAGCUGCAGAACUGAAGAAGUGUUGCGAUCCAAAACGUCCCCUAUCUAUGUUCUCCAGAGAUGCUGUCUGACCUGCAGAGUUACUCCAGCACUCCAGACUAUUUUUCAGAUGCCCCUCAAUUAUAGGUGGCUUCUCUCAACCCUCCCGUUAACAAAUUUGACCCGUGUUUGCUGCCCAAUUAGCUCUGAUGAGAUGAUGAAGGACUCAACUUCAGUUUGUGUUUUAUAAGGUAAAUUGCCAGUCUGUUUAAUAGGCUCUAGAAGAGGGGUCUGAAGAAGGAUCUCGGCCCGAAACGUCACCCAUUCCUUCUCUCCAGAGAUGCUGCCUGUCCCGCUGAGUUACUCCAGUAUUUUGUGUCUAUAAUAGGUUCAAGAGUUGUCUGUAAUAGUUCAAUGGUGCUUUAUUGUCACAUCUGCAAAAUGCAGUGAAAUUAUUUUUCGAGUCACCAGGACAUUGGACUUUGGACUUUGUCUCCAAAACUGAAAUGCUACAAUGCUGAGAACUAUGCUUAGAAUAACGAAAGGCUUGGAUAGAGUGGAUGUGGAAAAUGUUUUCAAAAUUCACUCUGUAUCACUUUGCAUUUAUUUAAAAAUUAAAAAAAAUACACU